AUGGCGGAAGACUCACGAGACCCCGGCUCUCUUCCGGAGUCUGGUAGCAACACACAACCCCCCAAUGACCUGGCCGAUUCGCAGAAACCGAAACACAAUCCGUCCCAGUCACAAACUGGAAAGCUAUGGGAUGCCUUCGGAAACCCCGAAGAGCCCGCGAACGCGCUCGCCAAAGCAACCUAUAAGCCAAAGGGCAAGAACCCCAAGGAUGUGCCAUACUCCGAGAUUAUUGGAUCAUUCCCGGUCUCCGAAAUGUCCACCCUUCACAAAAGACCGUGUGCUCGGGAAUCCUUGUUGACCGGCAUUGGUGUCGGAUUUGGAGUUGGUGGUCUACGAGGUGUGCUCAAAGGACGGUACUAUCUAUGGUCUGCUGGAAACUGGGCUGUUGGCAUGUUUGCGAUCAGUUCAUUAGCCUCAUACGAAUACUGCCGCUGGCGACGAAAUAAUGAAUUGAGUGGCAUGGCUGAAGCGCUCGAUCUGAUGAACCAGUUGAAGGCCAAAAAACAACGUGAGAAGGAUACGGCAGAGGAAGCGGCAUUGCGCGCGCGCCUUGCUGAGCAGGAAAAGAAGAGCAAGAGUUGGACCAAUCCCUCCAACUACAAAUUCUGGUAG